AUUUUGUUUAAAUGAAACAAAAAUAUUUUAAUGCCGCGCAAGAUUAGUACGUCAUUUUCAUGCGCCGGAUAUUCUCCAGCAACGUGUUGAAGGAAAUUUCACGUGUGGAAACCCGAAAGUCUGAAGUCAAAAAGCAUCGAUUAGUGGUUGUAGCUGAGAGUUGGAGUCAUGGGUCGGAAGCUUGAUCCCACCAACAAGGUGAAGAGGGGGCCGGGUAAGAAAGCCAAAAAGCAGCAGGGAGCAGAGGUUGAGUUGGCCAACUUCAUAGAUACAGAAGAAGAUGCAGGACCAAAACGUUUGUCAAGUAGAUCCAGAAAAAGAGCUGCUAAGAGAGUUGAGAACCUGAAAAAGCCAGAAAAUGUUGCUGAGAAACAACCCAAAAAAGGAUACAGUGAUGACAACAGUAAAUGGUUGAAACCUACAAAGAGGAAGCGCAAAAUGGAUGAGCCUGAAAGUGAGGAUGACAGCGAGGAGAUGUGGGAAGAUGAGGAAGAGGAAGAGCAGGUGCUUCUGCCGAAGAAGGGAGGAAAAGAACAAGAAAAAAAAAGUGCAGAUUUGGGAUUAAAAAACCUGGAAGAUGAUGAUGAUGAAGAAGAAAUGGUUGACGACUAUGGUGCAGAAGAUGAUGGCAGUGGACAGGAAGAGGAAGACGAAGAGGAGAACAGUGAUGGAGAUGAUCUUCUUCCAAUCGAACGUGCUGCCAAAAAAGAGAAAAAACUGAAGGAAUCCAUGGGUCUAAGCAGUGACGAUGAUAAUGAAGAGGAGGAAGAGGAUGAUGACGAUAGUGAUGAAAAGCAUGAAUCAGAUUCUGACAUGUAUGAGGAGGAAACAAUCCAAACUAACGCGGAUGAUUUUGAUACCUUCCGACUUCCCUCGGCUGAGGAGAGUGAGAAGGAGGGUGCCCUGUCUCUGGACCUGAAGGGAGUCCAUCAGAGAAUAAAGGACAACAUUGAUGUCCUCUGUAAUUUCUCAGCAAAAAGGGAAGAGGGGAAAGCCAGAGUGGAUUACCUCUCUCUUCUGAGGAAAGACCUUUGUACUUAUUAUAGCUACAACGAAUUCCUCGUUGAGAAAUUAAUGGACCUCUUCCCUCUCUCAGAGCUUGUUGACUUCCUGGAAGCCAAUGAAAUUCAGAGACCAGUCACAAUUCGAACCAACACGCUGAAAACAAGGAGGCGGGACCUUGCACAGGCUCUGAUCAACAGAGGAGUUAACCUGGACCCACUGGGGAAAUGGUCCAAAGUGGGUUUGGUAAUCUAUGACUCCUCAGUACCUAUCGGUGCGACCCCGGAGUAUCUGGCCGGUCAUUACAUGCUGCAGGGAGCCUGCAGCUUUCUUCCUGUUAUGGCGCUCUCUCCACAGGAGGGGGAGCUGGUGCUGGACAUGAGCUCGGCCCCUGGAGGAAAGACCUCCUAUAUGGCUCAGCUGAUGAGAAACACAGGAGUGAUCGUAGCUAAUGAUGCUAAUGCUGAAAGACUGAAGAGCGUGGUGGGAAACCUUCACCGCCUCGGGGUCACUAACUCCGUGGUCAGCAAUUACGAUGGCAGGCAGUUCCCAAAGGUAAUGGGAGGGUUUGACAGAGUGCUGCUUGAUGCACCAUGCUCAGGCACAGGAGUUAUUGCAAAAGAUCCAGCUGUAAAGACCAGUAAGGAUGAGCCGGAUAUUCUGCGCUCUGCUCAUUUGCAAAAAGAACUGCUUCUAUCAGCUAUCGACUCCGUGAAUGCAACGUCUUCUACUGGAGGAUACCUGGUCUACUGCACAUGCUCAAUAAUGGUGGAGGAGAAUGAGUGGGUGGUGGACUACGCUUUGAAGAAAAGGAAUGUUAAACUAGUCCCAACCGGACUUGAUUUUGGGAAGGAAGGCUUCACCAGUUUCAAGAAAUUUAGAUUCCAUCCUUCCCUGCAACUCACCCGCCGUUUUUACCCACAUUCCCACAACAUGGAUGGAUUUUUUGUGGCCAAAUUUAAGAAGUUCUCUAAUGUAACCCCAUCAGCUUCAGUUGGGAAAGAAGAUGAGACAACAGAAGCUUCUGAGGCAACAGAAGCUACAGAUUCUCCGAAAGAUAACCCGUCCAAAAGCAAAGCAGCUAAUGAAACUGUGCUAGCAAAGACGGAUGCCCUAAAGCAAAAUGCCAAAGCUAAUGGAGCAGCAGCUAAAAAACCAGCAAACAUCAAGAUAAAAGGACAACAGGGCUCUCAGACUGGACCAAAGAAGGCAAAGAUUGCCAAAAUGGAUGGAGAGACUGUGAAAGGAGCCCAGGCAAAGAACCCUGCAAACAAGACUCCUGUCCAGACAACCGUACCAAAGACUGUCAAAAAAGAUGGAAGUAGAUUUGAGAAAAAGCAACCCAAAAAGGGGAAAUCACCCUUGAAGAUGAAGAACAAGAUGGGAAAGAAUAAAUUCAAAAAGAUGAAGCACAAGUUUCAAAAAAACAAAUAAUGUUUGACAUGUGAGCAGUGAAACAUUUCAGAUUACAAAGAAACUUUGUAGAGUCCUAUUAAAUACCUGACUCCCUUUCUCUACAUUUAAAUAUUCUUUGGGUCAAUGUUAUCUGUUUCAGAGUAAUGUGUUAAAUAUGGCUAUAUGCUGAUAGAUUUGAUUUUAAUGUUUUUUUUCUGUUUUAUCUGAUCUAUAAUGUUGUAGGUUUGCUGCAGGUGAACAUAACCUCCAUGAAAUAAUAAAUGUUUUAAGACUUCCAA